CGUUCACGUCCGAGUCCAUUCAACUUGCCUUCUCUAUCUCUUCAGAUGGCGACUCGGUGUUCUUCCGCUCUCCGCUCCUUCUCGAGGACAUGUCGCGCGACGCGGCCCCGCUCUCUUGCGGGCCCGUCAAGAUGUCUUGCGACUGAGGCCGCUGCAUCGUCAUCACCCGCGCCGCCUCCUCCCUCGGACCCGAAGCUCAACAAAAUCGUCGACGAUAUAUCCAACCUGACACUCCUCCAGGCAGCGGAUCUCGUCACUCUUUUGAAGACACGGCUGAACAUCCAGGAGAUUGCUAUGCCGGCCGCGGCACCCGUGGCGGCAGCACCUGCUGCUGCUGAAGAGACAGAAGCGGAGAAGCCUAAGGAGAAGACCGUCUUCAACGUGAAGCUCGAGGCUUUCGACGCGGCUGCGAAGCCUAAGAUCAUCCGUGAGGUCAAGGCUAUGGUGCCCAAUCUCACUCUCAUCGAGGCGAAGAAGUUCGUUGAGUCACUACCGAAGGUGCUCAAGGAGGGCCUUUCGAAGGAGGACGCGGAGAAGCUUCAAAAAACGUUCACGGACCUCGGAGCUACUGUCGUGCUCGAGUAGGCAACUGCGCCUCGUAUCAUGCGCAGUGCGUAUUAGAUAUCAUAGGGAUAGGGUCCAUGUCGCAAAUGCCGUAUAUUCUACAUCCACUAAUGGCGGUACUACCACUACCCCCACUCCUGCGUGCGCGAUCUUAUACUAUCCCAGGAACGAC